AUGGCUCAUCAAAUGCUGAUUGCGCUGUUUAUGUGUUUCAUUUGCUCUGCGCUCUUUGGAUCCAUGUUCGUUCCGAUGAAACGGUACAAUCCGGGGGAUGGUGAGUCAUCAUAAUAAUUUCUCCUCAAUUCAUACUUGUAUUCUUAUUGUGGUUGCUGCGGUAGGUAUUCUAAUUGCGUAGCGCUUGUCAGAGGUCGACUAGGACUUGGCAGAAGAUUGAGAGUGAGUCGGCGGAGGCUCGUCUCUUUGCGUCAAGCUUUCGCUGAUUUCUUCGUUAGGUUUACAGCUAGAGUUAGCCGAAUCUCCACCAAGCCGUGGCCAACAAUCCAUUUUUUUGUUAAUAAUCUUGCUACACAACAUAAAAGCGAACGGACUUAUUGACGAGGGUAAUAGUUCCUCUUGGCCUGAACUUCAUAACAGAGGAGAAACUCACAACCAGAGGUACAGAAAUUUGUAAGCAAAGAAACCUGCCUAUGGUUCGCAUAUUUAGACGUUUCAAAACCAAAAUUUUAGGCUUAAGCGAAGCUCUAUACAACAAAGCCCUUUUAUGGAUAGACAAUAUCUUUUUUAGUCCUUUGCAAUUUGUAAUACAGAAGUCACGCUGCACGUGGGCUCAAAUUCUAAAUCGGAAUUGUAGGAUUAUGAAAGAGCAAUGUAUGAUUCAUGGGCGUAGCUUGAGAAUAGGGCUAAAGGGGGAAGUUUUUUUGACCACAGGCCGACACUACCUGUUAAUUUUUUCCGCAUUUAUUAUAUUUGCCUUGGUCCCCUUCCCUAUUUUUAUUUCUACUAUACAAUGCUGACCUCUUCCUCUGUCUUUCACGCCUUUACCUCGACAUUUCACAUUUUCCGUUGCAGGUCUCUUCGCCCAAUGGCUGAUGUGUUCGGCAAUCUGGUUUGUCGGCUUCGGCGUCUUUCUCUACACGGGCUAUCAGGAUUUCUACCCAUUUGCAAUGCUCGGCGGCUUCUCUUGGUGCUUGGGCAAUCUGAUCACCGUCCCAAUCAUCACUGAACUUGGGCUCGGACUGUCCCUGCUGCUCUUCAGUGUUAUGAACACGACCACGUGUUUCUUGGUCAGCACUUUCGGAUUGUUGGGAACACACGCCAGACCGGCUGAUUAUAUGUGGCUAAACGUCACCGGAUUGGUCUUGGUGGCUGCUGGGUAAGAGAUUUCUGAAUAAAACAUAUGUAGAUCGUGGAAUCCUCUUAUGCUUAUGUUGCAGUGGAGUUUUGACCUCGUUUGUCAAACCUCGCCCGGCCGUGGUGCGUGCAAGUGGGACUCAAGUCGAGGAGGUUUCAAGGAAGGACAGGAAGAGCACGAUCAAUGUAAGCCGACUUAUAUAAAAAAUUUCCCAGCCAGUCUAGUGACAAAAAUAUCACAGCAAAAUAUGUCUUCAUGCAGAGCUGGUGUGUUGUAUGAUCCCAGGCAAAAAAUUGGCCAUAUCUUUUGCCAUUUCGAAUGAAAAAAAUGAUUUCUGUGGAAAUGUUACUCCCCACCAAAGCAUAGGGAAAAAACUUUUUAUUCUUGUCAAUUCGAAAAAUAUCACAUUUUCCAAAUUUUUGAGGGCUAUCUCAGUUGUAAAAUUUUCCAAAUGUUCCGGCGUUUCAAGAUUUUCCCGGGUCAAGUCCAGGGUUCGGAAUGCUGGGACGGUCCCGUUUGCAGUCAUGCCUAGUCCUACUUCGAUUUUCAAGAAUUUGAAGCCUCGUUUCUUCUCUCAAAGCCGAAAUAUAAAGCUUCGGAUAAGAACUCCUCAAAAAAUCUGGGUGUCGAACCUGCACAAAUCUCUGUCAUGAAGCUAAACUUCAUUUUCAGAUUGAAAAAUCCUUCGACACCCUGUCAACUCAGAGCGACAUUGUUGAGAUUGUUGACCAACCAGACACAUCAAGAUCAGCUUUCCGCCGGAAAAUGUAAGCCCAUCUUGCUAUAGCUAGGGUUUUAUUUUGCAUAUUUUACCUUACUUCAUUUUUUCAGCGCUUUCCUCGGAGCGUUUAUCGCUGGUAUUCUGUAUGGCCUAAAUAUGGUUCCGAUUGUGUUCAUCCAGGACAAUGAGGACUUGUUUGACAACGUGAAAGCUGGUGGAAUGCCCUAUGUUUUCUCUCAAUUUUGCGGUGUCUAUUUGACUUCAACUGUUGCCUUCAUCGGAUACGGACUUUUUAAGUGAGCCUUUUGUUUGUUCCCAUCAGCUUGCCGCCAUGAUAUACCUCUUUUUCAUAGCUAAAUUUGCAAUUUUCCAGGAAGAACAAGCCCUUGAUCAACCCGGAAGUCGCCCUUCCCUCUCUUCUCUGCGGGUUGAUGUGGGGUGUAGGGCAGACCAUGUCCAUCAUCACCACGGAGGCUCUUUCUCAAGGGAUCAGUGGCCCGAUUACAGCGAUGGUACCAGGUUGUGUUGCCACUGUUUGGAGUUUACUGUACUUCAAGGAAAUUGAGGUAGGCUGGAAGGAAAGAUUGUCGUUUAGGGAUGCCAAAAUUGUGACAUCAUAUACAGGGUGAUUCAAAAAAAAUGGACACCUUUCUUUCUUCGAUUUCUCUUGGCUUUGAACGUUUCUCGGAAAAAGAUACGCAUGGCAUAAAACUACUACGUUAUGUGUACAUAUUCAUUGCAAAAAUUGUUCACUAGCUGCAAAAGUUGCCGACAUAUGGUUGCUUAAAAAUUUCCGGGUCAGCGCACCCGUUCCCGCGGCGAAAUUUGCAAAGUUUUCGCUCCUAAAUGUCUGAAGGGUGUAACAGAGACGUUCUGAUCGGUCUGAGCGAAACACAGACGCCUAUUCUCUAGGACCUUUUAAGGAUUUAAUCCAGGUCUUUCAGACAACGAAAAAUCAGAGGCCAAAAGUUAGACAACCAGCGAGAGAAAAUCAACGCUCAUUUGGGCGCUUUUUGAAAAACUUAGCUCUGCCGAACGUGGGAAAAGUUUUAGGACCAAUUCCAUUUGUACCACGUUUACCGCUCUAUUGUGAGUAUAUUAAACGCAUUUUAAACAAUAGUAACCUUCAGUUGGCAAAACUGCAAGCAAAAUUUCGACUUUUUUGACUUUUUGAUGGGUCAUCGCAAUGAUACUUGGAUUCUGAUGGCUAGGUUUGUUCAAAUUAACAGGGACCAAUUUAAAAUUGAAGAACGGACUUAUAUCACUAUCGUAUAAAUGCAACUUGUCAUAGUUGUGCGGCUUGUUGAAGAAAGCCAACAAAAAAGUAAAAUUUUUCUGGUCAAAAAAUAUCGGCGUCUCUGGGUAUAGCCGGCUAAACUUUUAUAAGCCCAGUGCAUGGAUAAUGCUAGCUACAGUCAAAUCAACUGCUGAAUCAUGUAAAGCAAUGUUAAAUGUCUUACAGAAAUCUCUUUUUGCCGUUAAUAGCACAAGCCAGGCCGCCCUGCUAAGUUUUGAAACCCGAUCGUCCCAAAAAUCCAGAACUAUCUGGAUGGGUCUCUUGUGGAUCACGUUGCGCACUGCUGGAGCGUUAUUAAUAGAAUAAUGUCAGCGUUUUCGCUUCUCGAGAUUCCCCUUAGUAUCUUAAUAAACAGUCAACACGCAGUUUUUAGCUGGCUGAAAGAAUUCAGCCCGUUAAAGAUUUUUGGACCUGCAAAAUUUUUGGAAAAUUUGGUCAGAAUAUGGGCUGACCUAGUAUUUUGGCUCGUACAAGCCGUACAGCAAAACUAUUUUAAAAAUUGAAAUAGGUGUCAUGAAGCAGGAUCGUUGACGAUUUUAAGACUAUUUUUCUUUCCACCGACUACGGUAUUCGUGGUGGGAUACACCAACUUCAAAAGUUGUCCAUUUUUUUUGAAUCACCCUGUAUACAGUGGCGGACCUGAUCCAGUGGCAAAAAACGUACCAUUUUGCAUCCAGGAAGUAUCAAAAAAUGUGGCAAAAUACCUCCCUCUCCAAGCGAAAAAAUUUCAAAAACGCGGCCGCUAUCUUUGUGAGGAAAAGGGCGCGCUCUUCAAAACGAAGUUUUUUCACUUGGAGAGGGAAGCAUUUUGCCGCAUUUUCUGAUACUUCCCGGAUGCAAAAUGGCAAAUCUUUUGCCACAGGAUCAGGUCCGUCACUGGAUAUUAAAAAACUUCAAAAGCGAACUAAAAAAUUGAGGAAUAACAUAAUAAACAGAGUCUGCGGAAUCUAAAAAACGGCCUGCCGGGAAAAUAAUGAGCUUGCUGUCGGACCGAAAAUCGCAUCGCUUCCGAGAAAAUGGAUUGUCUUCCGAGUAAACCAAAUUAAUUUUCUUUUCAGCGACCUUGCGCCCAUUAUUUUACCUACAGACUGAUAACUAUCACACCUGCAUAUUAUUUAUGUGCUAACUUUUCAUCAAAACUGAAAUUUUUUUUGUGUCAAACUGCAAAGCUUAUGAAAAAACUUCCGCAAAUCAUUUCCCAUUCUUUUUGCAGACCGGCAAGAACCUGUACGUUCUGUGGACUUCAAUCGGCCUGACCAUGACCGGCGCGAUUUGCAUCGGAUUAAGUCGAAUGUAG